CCUCCUCCUCCUCCUCCUCUUCACCGCGGAUGCGUAAAAUCCACCUUUUCUCCUUUGCGCUGAAACGGAUGAGAAAAAAACCCUGCGUCCAGGAUGAGGCAGGGCGCAGAUGUGUGAGUGUGUGAGUGGAAAUGUCCUGGAAGCUUUUACAGACACAGAAGCGGAGACUCCCAGUGUGAUGCGUCUGUGUGAUGGGAGAAGCAGACGACAAGGAUGGGCAACAAGCAGACAACCUUCACCGAUGAGCAGCUGGAGGCGUUUCAGGACUGCACCUUCUUCACCCGCAAAGAAAUCCUUAGGUUACAUGGUCGAUACCGUGAACUGGCUCCACAUUUAGUGCCACUGGACUACACCAACAACCCAGACAUUAGAGUUCCACUGACUCUGAUCAUCACCAUGCCUGAACUAAAGGAGAAUCCAUUUCGAGACAGAAUAGUGGAGACGUUUUCAGAAGAUGGACAUGGAAACCUGACCUUCAAUGACUUUGUCGACAUGUUCUCCGUUCUCUGUGAGACCUCGCCCAGAGAACUCAAGACCAUUUACGCCUUCAAGAUCUAUGACUUUAACAGGGAUAACUUCAUCUGUAAGGAGGACCUGGAGAAGACCCUGAACAAGCUGACCAAAGGUGAGCUGACCCCGGAGGAGGUCACGCUGGUGUGUGAUAAGGCCAUCGAGGAGGCCGACCUGGAUGGAGACAACAAGCUCUCCUUCGCUGACUUCGAGAACAUGAUCUCGAAGGCUCCGGAUUUUUUGAGUAACUUCCACAUACGAAUAUGAACCGUGGUGUUUGCAACGGUAGAGGAAAGACGCCACCCUCUGACCCUCCGACCCUCUGACCCGCCUCCUGAUCCAGACGGUGAAGGUCCUCCAGAUUCCAACCCGCCUACCCACCACAACACAACACAGUGCCUGUCCUUUCUAACGAGGCUCCUCCUUCAGGUCGGACCUUCAGCAGGACCUGAGAGUCUCCUCUGGACUGUGUGGUCUCUGUCCAACACAAGCACAGGCAUUUGUUUUUUUGCCAAUUUGCAUCACAAGCGAAGUGACAACAGAGAGAGAAUCACUCAUGCAUGAAACCUUUCUCUUAAAAUUAUUCAAGACUUAUUACGAGGCGGACGUUGAGGAGCUCUGUCCAGGGCCGAUAAAAACACGACGGGGCUAAUUUUGAUACCAAGAGAGCUUAUCUGCACCGAGGAUGAUGUCGGUUGAGGAUGUCCUUGAAGGUUUCGUGAGGCGUUUUAGGGCAGGAAUCAGAGGACGAUGCCACAGAGGAAACAGUACAAGGCUUUUCUGACUUAAGUGCUUUGCAGAAAAGCCAGUAUUUUUUUUUUUAAAGCACAGUUUUAAAGGGCAAAACAGUCAAGAGCUAUGCAAACUUUGUUCAAUAAGUGCAUGGAUGCAGUGUAAAUUGCUUCUAGGUGUUAAUUUUUACCAUCUGGUAUUUGUGACAAGUACUGGUGCAUAAUGACAAUCAUAGUAAACUGUAGUUCAAGGGCUCUCUGUCAUCUCCACUGUAAAGUUAAGCUUUGAUAACCUUUUCCUGCCUAAAAACUUGAUAUAACAGCUUCCACCCAUUUAGGUAAAAUGUUCUCUGGCAAGAAUGAAAUAAAUGAUUUUAUCUGUUG